AUGGCAAAAGAAACAAAAGCCGAAAGCGUUGACAGCUGGUGUUAUGAAGACGAGUUGUCAAUGCUUGAAGCAAAACGCAACGUCUUCUUUGAACUCGUCCAGGGUAUUUAUAAAAAGUCGCUAGUUGCCGAUACAGAUGCAGUGAGUCGCGAAAGUUUUCUUGACGCUGCUGACACUAUUGACGAACUUCGGACGGAGUUCAAAGAAGUGGUAAAUGAGUACAACCGCACGCUACUGAGGACUAAGACGGCUGCUGUCCCUAACUAUCAGCCGCUCAUAGCCUUUGAAGAUUUGUACUGCCGCAUCAGAAGAGUGGUCAAGCGACUGCAACCAGCCGCACCGCCGGCCUCUUCGCCGCCUUUAUCGGUGGAGAGAGCUAGACCUUCUUUGCCAACGAUGGAACUGGUAGCGUUUGAUGGAGACAUACGUAACUGGCCGCUGUUCUACGCUAGUUUUAAAUCGAGAGUGCACGACAAUCUGUCACUUACCGACGAGGAGAAGCUGUUUUAUUUAAUUGGGAAAUUGUCACCAAAAGCUCAAGCCGUCUUUGCAGGUAUAACUCCGAGCGCUGACAAUUAUCAGCUUAUUCUAGAUAGUCUACUUGACAGAUUUCAAGAUAAGCGCACUCUUGCCUCGACUUACAUGGAUCAAAUGCUCAAUUUGAAGAUUAAUGGUCCCGCUUCCUCGUCUAACUUCCAGACAUUCAUUGAUAAGUUUGUGACAGCUGCGAAUGCGCUUAAAUCGCUUAAGCUGGAUGAUUUAAGCGAUUUUAUGCUUAUGCAUAUAGCUUUAAAGAAGUUAGACCAGGAAACUCUUCGAGCAUUUGAGAUGCUGCAUCGAAAUACGAAGUUGCCUACAUUUCGCGAUCUGUCAGAUUUCAUGAAAAGUCAGUUUAGGAUUUAUCAAAACUCGCAACCAUGUACCGCCGUCUCCGCCGCCGUAAAUCCAUCGCGCGAAAAAGGUGUUAAGUCGAUUCAACCGCGUAGUGCCGCACCUAAACUACAAAGCUACGUUGCUUGCGCGAGCACUACUAAAUGUAUUUGUGACAAUAUUGUCCAUGAACAUUUAUUCAAAUGUCCUUCUUUCAACGACUUAACGUCUUCUGAUCGCUUCAAACGCGCUAAAGAGCUUAAAGCAUGUAUUAACUGCUUAAGCAUUAAACACCGCACCCGCGAGUGCAAUUCCGAGGUGAAGUGUCGAGUUUGUCAUCAAAAGCAUCAUACUCUGUUGCAUUUUGACAAGAACAAGGAUGAAAAAGCUACGACCUCUGAUGAGUCAAAUGCAUCUACGAGCAACGCAGCUAUUAAAACAUCCUCGCCGCCGGAAGGCACGUCCUGUAACACGUCUAUCGUGACGCAAGCACUUGCUGCCUCUAACAAUAAAAUGUCAAAUCAAGACUCAGCAUCUUCGUGUGACACGGUUUUGCUGUCCACCGCAAAGGUCAUCGUUCGCGACAGUAAGGGUGAAACGCAGGUUGUCAAAUGUCUGCUUGACACCGCGUCACAAAGUAACUUCAUUACUGAAGAAUGUUGUAGGCGCUUAGGUUUAACUUUUGAUAGGAAACCAAGCUCUGUAUUUGGCAUUGGAAAAACCAAGAAAAUUGUUAAGGGGAACGCAAACGUAAAAGUAUUUUCGCGAUUCGACGAUAAUAUCAACUUCGACGUUUCGAGUUUGGUGGUCGAUCGCAUCACCGACGACCUGCCGUCAGUGCCCGUGGACAUGUCAGCACUGACACAUGUUCAUGGUCUCCCUCUAGCUGACGACACGUUGGAUACGCCCGUCGCCAUUGAUGUACUGGUCGGUGCAACUAUAUUUCCACAUUUGCUGCUGCCGCACAUCGUCAAAAGCGAAGUGGACUAUAUGCCACCAGCUAUACAGACGGUACUGGGGUAUAUUUUAAUGGGUUCGGUGCCUGCUUUACAGCCACCGCGUAAAUAUACUUCAGCUUGUUGUACUUCCGUGGAUUCCAUGGACCACCUCCUCAAAAAGUUCUGGGAACUUGAGGAAGUAUCGCUCCGCCCGCUCAAAGCCAGGAUGACUUUGAAUGCGAGGAAUAUUUCCGCGCCACCACUACGCGCGACGCUAGUGGUAGAUAUACUGUGGCAUUGCCUUUCCGAGAUGACGUGUUCAAGCUCGGAGAGUCGCAUUCGGCUGCUAAGAGGCGCUUUCUUUGUCUUGAAAGAAAGCUAG